AUGUCGUGGGUGCUGUUGGCAAUGCUGGCCCUGCUGGCUCUGCUGCAGCGCGGCGCAGCCCAGUUCUGCUCCUUCUGGAACAACGAUUGUAUCGAACCCCUUGCCCAAAGUGCCGUCCCCUUCAGCUUCCAGCCGCUCUUUCCCGACCCCAUCACCCUGUUUUACGGCUUCGAUGCGAGUUCCUCGGGGAAAGGCCAGGGUCCAAUGACCAAGACCGCCUUCUGGCUCGAAUAUCAGGAUCGGAAUAUCAACAAAUACGCCAUCGAUACUAACCGCACGACGGAAAUCGGUCUCCGCGUCGGGAAUCUGACAGGUUCGCCCUCGGGUCCGAAUAAUGGUUGUGAUGGGAUUUGGGGGCCUGGUUGCUCCCGGGAUAUCAAGAACGCCGUCCAGCAUGGCAUCUUCUCCCUUUCAUCGACCGGUGAACGCUACCAUCGGCCUCUCGAGAUCGCGCUCAGCCAAAUGAUGAGCAAUCCCCCUCCCCUGGAAUCGUGUGGUUCCCAGGUGUUUGAUGUCGCUUCCAUUCCUGUCCACGAAUUUAUCCGCGAAAGCGUACCUGCGCAAAACGCCACCGUCAUGAUGCCCGGCUCGGGAUACAACCCCUGGCAAGUGUGGUACAUUGAUGAUAUGACCUCACACAAACAGGCCUCGCAGGUCGCAGUCGGCAUCAUCAGCCGCUCUCCCACCUAUGACAGUGAACCACCUCACAGUCCGGAUGACAUUCAGGUCGAGCUUGUCUGCAUUCAAGCGCCGCAAGGUCCACCGACCGGCUCAUCGAAGGAUCAUGAUUAA